AUGGAGGUGAGGAAAGAGAGGGUUAAGGGAGGUGCGGAGAGAGGAGGGAAGGGAGGAGCUUCAGGAGUGAUAGGAUUAGAGAGGAAAGAUUGGAAGGAGGAGAUGAGGGAGUUAAUGUUGAAGAUAAGGGAGGGGAUGAAAGAGGUAAAGGAAGAGAUAAAGGAAGAGAUAAAGGAACAGGGCAGAAGCAUGAAGGAGGAGGUAGCGGGUCUGAAAAAGGUCAUAAAGGAGAGCGAGAAGAGAUGCAGGGAAGAGAGAGAGAGGUUAGAGGAGAGUAUAAGAGAGCUGGAAGGAAGAGUGAGGGAACUGGAAUUAGGAUGGGAAAAGAGAAGGAAGAUAGAAGCCAAAGUAAAGGUGGAGGAGGUGAGAAAGAUAAGGAGAAAAGAGGUGAAGGUUGAGACAGUGUGGGUGAGAAUGAGGAGCAAAGAACAAAAGAGCGAGGCGAUGAGGAAAAGAAGUAAGCUGAAGGAAAACAGAAAGAAGAUAGUAGAGGACUGGAUAUGA